ACUCAUCACUCCUGAGGGUAUAAAAAGUCACGAGGAAGACCAAGGCCUUGCACCUUUGAGUGGAAAAAUUUUGAAGCCUCUGGACGUGGAUUAGUAGCACACUGCCUCAAGAUGCCAAGUGGACCCAAUUCUGCAUUCAUCAUCUCAGAGACCAGCAAACCAGGGAAAAUAAUUAAAUCCAACAAUAAUGAAAAGGCAAAAGCAGAAAAAGUUUCUGUUUAUUUGCCGAAUAUCCCUGAGCCAACAAGCAGAGCUGAGCUCAUGCAGUACUGGAUGAAUUUCACUUUGGAUGAUAAAACUGCCAAUAAGAUGUUGUGGAUUUCUGACGGUGGGUCUAAAGUGUGUCGUAGAACUGAGGAGGUUUGUCCUGUCCUGGAUAGACCAGAGAGAUACGAGUACUCUCCACAGGUGCUGUGCAAAGAGGGCAUCUGGAACAUGAGGGCUUACUGGGAGGUAGAAUACUCUGGCUGGGUGGUAAUUGGAGUCACCUAUGAAGGAGCAGGAAGAAGAGCUGACACUGGACCGAGCGGUCUCGGAGAAAACGAGGAGUCUUGGGGUCUGUGUUGGUCAGGAAUGCGUUACCAGAUCUGGUUCAAUGGCAUUAACAAAGAUAUAAACGAUGUCCCGUUUUGCUCCACAGUUGGAGUUUACAUCGACCAGCCUGCAGGGAUCAUAAGCUUUUAUGCAGUAACCGGUGAGGGAGCAGAGAGGGAGGUUAAGCUGCUGCAUAAAGUUAAAAGUACCAUCGAGAAAAAGAUUCUUCCCGGUUUCUGGAUGGGAAUUCAAUCCUCAUGCACCUUACUGAAGAGAGCAGAAUGAGCUGCUGCUGUAGCUAAAAUAAGGCAAUAUGUGCUGAUAAUGCAACAGGUUUUGACACUAAAGUACUGCAUGUAGAUAAUGUUUUACUUACAUAUUCCUUUCAUUAUUAUUACUUCACACCUAAAGUAGGUUUCAGUCACACUAAAACUACAUAUUAUUAUUAGGAGAAGUCAGGAUUACUUAUUAUCCAUUAGUUUUUAAACAUUAUUUUUCUAUUUUUUUUUUGCAUUUUCUUGUCUGAUACUUGUAUAAUGUAUGUAUGGUUCUAUAGCGUCGCAUUGAGUAUUUAUGAACUGAUUAUGAUAUUAAUCAAGUAUUUAUUACUAUAAGUGGAUGCUAAUAUGGAACUACUGAAAGGAAAAAUAUGUAACAAUUUAAAAUGAAAUUACCACUUACUGCUUUUAUGUCAGCAGUCAUUCUCGAAAGCGCUUUGGAUAAGAUAUACAGUGUUAAAUACACACAAUGUCAGAUUUGGCUUGGUAAAGAACAGGGAGCGAGAACAUCUUCCCUCUGGGUUAAAGGGGCUCACUUUGAUAUGUGAGAUCUUCCAGCUCGAAGAUCAGUUUCCUUCUUCGACAGGUGGGCCUCCAGUCCGACCACUUUCACGCCUAAAGCAUGAGCUUUGAGGAGAACUAAAAGUGGGGCACACCGACAGACUCAAAACAUUCACACUCCUGCAGCCAUCACACUACCUCAUUCAGUAAACACCGAGGAGAACCCCAGUAAGCGACUGCACGAGUCCUGCCAGUAUUUCACACUCUAUAACUGCUGUCAUUUCCCCUGCAUACUGUACACAUCAACCCGUAGAUGCGAUGACAACCUACACGCCUCCAUAAAUGGGUCAAAAUGAAACAAUCUGUGUUAAAAUCAACGUUUUUGUAAUAAAAAUCCACUUUAUACGUUUGUUUA